AUGGUGGAGGCGUCCAUCCAGGACACUGUUAAGGACACUAACAAGAUCACAGAUACUGUCGCCCUAGGACUUAUCCUGCAGAAGGAGCCCUACCGCAAGCUGUUAUCUUCCUUCAUCACGGAGUUUGAGGAGUCUCCUCUACUGAAUGCAAACCUGCUCCAAGGGCUUGUCCAGUUGGUCCAAUCAUCCUCUCCAAGUCACCUUGUCUUCAACGAUCUGGUAAAGAUCCUCAGCAUUCUCAGGAUCCGUUUGCAAGGCACACACCAACAGUCAAUUGGACACCCCUAUUACCUCACCUUGGCAAUCUCCAAAGUCCUUGAUGUCAUGGCUGCUGUCGUUAAUGUUUCCGCCAGUUCUCAGAUCCUGAAACAAGAGCUCGCUUCUGAAAACACUCCGAUGGUCCAUCACCCAUACCCGCUGAGAUCUCGCCUGCCAACCUCAGCCAACUCUCCGAUCCUUGCGAAGGUCCAGAAUAUCCGUUACCUCGAGUACAGGCUGUACAAGCUUCGAUUACAGCGACUCCAAGAAUACAAUGAACGAGCGAUUUACAUCUACCUGCAAGCAAAGCCAUCGCUCCUGGCUAAGAAUGAUGAGCUAUUUCCUCUAUUGGAGAGGGUACUGAAAUUUCUUGCCAGUGACGGUCAGGUCAUGUUGAUCCUUGGAGAUUCUGGCUCUGGCAAGUUGACAUUCAAUCGACACCUGGAACACCUGCUUUGGAAGGACUACAAGAGAGGAGGGCCGAUCCCUCUUUUCAUCAACUUACCCACCAUCGACGAACCUCAGCACGACUUGGUCAACAAGCGACUGCAGUUUCACAACUUUAACGAAGAUCAGAUCAUAGAGCUCAAACUGCAUCACCAACUCGUACUCAUCUGCUACGGAUACGACGAAAGUCAGCAAUUGGUCAACCUCCACAGGACCAACUCUCUUAACCAGACUGGACAGUGGGACACCAAAGUGAUCAUCGGCUGCAGAUCUCAGUACCUCGGAACCUCAUACCAGGAUCGCUUCAGGCCUCAGUCUGUCGAUCGAUACAAGCCGGUUCCUCAGAACGUCUUUCAGGAGGCCAUCACCGCUCCUUUCUCCAUGGAGCGGAUCCACAACUAUGUCGAGCAGUAUGUCCCUCUCGAGCCAAGAACCUGGAGCACCCAAGAUUACAUGGAUAGGUUGACCACCAUCCCCAACUUCAUGGAUCUGGUCAAGAUUCCGUUCCUCCUUUCACUCGCACUGGAGGCACUUCUCGAUGUCACCAAGGGCAACCAGGACCUGUCGGCCAUCAAAAUCGUCCGCAUCCAACUCUAUGACGUCUUUGUCGACCACUGGCUCAGCGUCAACAAGAAACGGCUUCAAAGCAACUCUUUGUCCAGGCAGGAUUCCGACAUGUUGGAGAUGCUAGAGGAUGCGGUAUUUGAGGCUAUGGGCGUGGACAGCUGUAAGAGGCUUGCAUCGGCGAUGUUUGAGAAGCUGAACGGAAAGGCCGUCGUCAAGUAUCUCCAUCUCAAGGAUAAGACGGCGUGGAAAGUCGAGUACUUUGGUCCGGAUCCGGAAGUGCGACUGUUGCGAGAGGCUUCGCCGUGGACUCGCUCCGGCAUUUUCUUCCAGUUUCUCCACCGGUCGAUGCUGGGGUACUUCUUCUCCUGCACCGUUGUCGGCUCCACACCAACGUGUAUUUUGACGAAUGCACCUCCAGCGGACGGCCUACUGCUUUGA